AAAGUCUAUCUUGUUUCGAUAUAAAAUUUUAUAACGCAGUCUCCGCAUGGUACGAUAUCUAAAAAUAUUAGAAAGAAACACAAAGUCAGCAAUAAAAUGUCAAUUAUCUAAAUGACUAAGCUCGCGCGAGGUUAUUUAAGGAUGCGUAAUUACUCACACGAGACGAGAAUGAAGCAAGGCAGUAUCCCUUGUUUACGCACAGAAUUGAAUCUUGCUCUUACGUUGCAUGGUGGUCAAAGUUUCAGAUGGACAAAUUAUGACACUGGAUAUAGAGGUAUCUUUGACGGAUGUAUUUGGACUUUGUCUCAAGAUGAAACCCAUCUGUCAUAUACUGUACAAGGACAAUUGAAAGAUUCUGUAAAUUAUGAUAAUGUUCUAUCUGAAUAUUUUAGACUGUCGAUAUCAUUACAGGAACAUUAUAAAGAAUGGGCUAGAACAGAUACACAUUUUCAAGAGUGUUUAGAUGAAAAUAUUGUUGUUCGAAUAUUGAAGCAAGAUAUUGUAGAGAAUUUAUUCUCAUUUAUCUGUAGCUCUAAUAACAAUAUAUCAAGGAUAUCAAGUAUGGUUGAAAAAUUAUGUUCAUUAUUUGGUCGCAAAAUAUGCUUGAUUGAAGAUAAAGAAUAUUACGAUUUUCCAACAAUAGAAACUUUAAAAGAAAAAAAUGUAGAAAAUAUAUUAAAAAGAGAGAAAUUUGGUUAUCGUGCUGCAUAUAUAGUUAAUACGGCAGAGCGUUUGUCAGAAUUGGGUGGGAAGGAUUGGCUCCUACGUCUACAGAAGGAAAAUAAUAUUUCUUACCAAGUUGCUAGAGAACAACUGAUGACUCUGCCAGGAAUUGGUCCCAAAGUUGCCGAUUGUAUAUGUUUAAUGUCAUUAGGUUACUUAGAUGCUAUACCUGUUGAUACUCAUAUUUUCCAAAUAGCACAGGCAAAUUAUUUACCGCACCUAAAAAAACAGAAAACAGUUACACCAAAAAUUCAUACUGAAGUAAGUAAUCAUUUACGUAAAUUAUGGGGUCCUUUAGCUGGAUGGGCACAAGCUAUUGUAUUUUCUACAAAAAUCAAUAUGAAAUCUAAAUCAACUGGAACAUUGAAACGCAAAAAUAAUGGAAAUGAAAACGUAAUACAAACGAAAGUACUUAAACCGAUUUGAUCGUUGUAGAAUAUUCUCUAUUUCUCAUCUUAUCAACAGUAUAUAUAAUUUUAUCCAAAUAAUUUGUCAAAAAACGUGUACAUUAGCUUUUUAAUAAUAAAUUAAUAAAUUUUAUAUAUUACAAAAAUCGAUGAGCAACAUAACUGGAAAAGGAAUGUUUUUAAUACCCUUUGUAUCAUGAAAUAGAUCUCGGAAAGAGAUUUCAGAAUAAUUAGUUUAAAAAAUACUUUAAGGAAUUAUUUAUUUCAUUCAUACAUAGUAUAUUUUGUAUAUUGUUUAGUAGAAACGUAUUAACGCCUUUGUAAUCAUUACAGUUUUGAUAUAAAAUUGA